AUGCCGGAGCAGCGUACCACGAAACCCAGAAGAAAGCAUUUCAACGAAACCACGGACAACAUUUUCUUCUUGGAGACAGCCGGUUCCACCUGCAUCAAUGCGAGGCAGUCGUGCGCCAUAGAGUCUGCUGCUCUGCGUAACCCGGCCACGAACAUCGUUUUUCUUACUGCGAAACGAAUGACCUGGAGGUGCAAGUUGCUGGACGUCCUCACACAGAUACCGAAUUUCCAGCAACAUUCUGCGCCCUUCGAGGACCUCUUCCGGGGCACCGUCUUGGAGUCAUGGCACGAGAACGGACCGUGGCGAAGAAGUCCAUUCCGUGUCAAUCACCUGAGCGAUGCUCUCAGAUUGGUGGUGCUGUGGAAGUUUGGAGGUGCUUAUGCCGAUUUGGACGUCGUGGUACUUGAGGACAUGAGCACACUGAAGAACAGUGUGGCGAGGGAGUUGUUCCCUGCUGUGGGGAAUACUGUCAUGGUGUUCGACAAGGGACAUCCAUUUCUUCUGGACUGCAUGAAGGAAUUUUCUGUGUCUUACAAGCCUACAUUGUGGGCCUACAACGGACCGAGACUCCUGGAACGCGUCCUCCUCAAGUACUGCUCAGAGACCGCGCUUCGGAGCGAGCCCUACGUCAACUGCAGUGGUGUGACUGUUCUGCCGGAUAAGGCGUUCUAUCCCGUCCGUCAAACCGAGUGGGAAGCACUGUUUCGGCCUGAAGACUUGUCCCGUGUUCUCAAUGCGACAUACGGCAGCUACACGGUGCAUUUUUGGAAUUCUUCCAGCAAGACGAAGAGACUCAGCAUAGGGCUGAGCUCAGCGUACGAUGUGCUUUCCCGGUUUUCGUGUCCUGCGACAUAUCGGUUCGCGAAGCAUCAGGGGCAAGUUUGAAGGAUUAAUGGAACCGUGUGCGACUUAGCCAUUACCAAAAUCAGAGUGAUAGCUUUAUACGGUCUAUCAACCGUAUGGACCCGUCUGGCCUUAUAAGGCUAACCGUCCGUCGGGUAUAAAAUCAAAUCAAUUAAUCAAUCAAUCAACCAUCCGUAUGACACCCUAUGACUGCGUGACAUGGUCACGUUAAGGCCCUAAGAGAUGACAUUCUCAUUGCACGGUACUUUGUUCGGAGUAACUCAAGUUUGGCAACGUUCGCUUCAACGAGUAUACCUGCGACUCGUGGAUGCCUUCAGUACACAUGUGCAGAAGGUCUCCGUAAUUCUUGGUAUCACAAGUUGUCUACGUGCGCUGAUGUCAACACCGUUCGGCGUAAAAGUUGCAUUUUACUCAGGCUAUUCGUUUUGUAUUCUCUUGUUUUCCGGAGCAAGAAGCAGUUCAUCAUAACAGUCUCCUUAUAUUUUCCACGUGUGUUUAGCGAUUUAUUCUGUAAUAAAGCGUCUCAACGGCCUUUCAGCAG